UCCACAUCCACCCGCCAGCCGUCAGUCCGGUGUGCCGAGCUUUCCCGGGAACGUCACCAAAACGUCGUGCAGUGCUUGUUUUUCCGUGAAAAUCCCUGAUUAGCCCCCGAAAUUUCGACCCCUCCCCGUGGUCCAACUUCCGAAAACUUCCGGUUGUCGUUAAGGUGAAUCGGAAGGAGGCAUGGAUUUACGCUAGCGCCUUGCGGUGCGUGGAGCGGCAACCCGCCGUUCAGGAUGGCGAAGCCACAGCUGGAGGAGCUUUUUCGGUGUUGCGACCAGAAAGGCACCGGCCUCAUCGACGUCGAGGAGUUCCGGGACCUCUGCGCGGAAUUCGGGAUCGAUAAAUCGGAUUCUGACGUCAUCUUCGCGGACUUGGACCAUGAUGGCGAUGGAAAGGUGAGUCUGGAGGACUUUGCCUGGGGCUUCCGGCAGUUCAUGUCGCCUGACGAGCGGCGAAAUUCCAUCCAGAUCAUCGAGAGGGCCUAUCCCUUGGGCACCUUCGGCGGACGCGGGGAGCAGCGGCGCCUCGGGGGAGACCCCGGGGAGGCGCGCGCAGCAUGGUCCAAUCUCGUUGCAGGGGUCGGCGAAGGCACCAUCCACAAGUUCCUGAAUAGAAGCGGAAAGAAGCUUGCGGACCUCUACGAAGAACUACAGACUGCAAACGCUUGCCCCGAACUUUUGAACCAGUUUGAAGGGGCUUUGAGCUCACUCAUUGAGGACGUCAAAAAGCUCCAUGAUGAAAAGCGGGAACUGGAGGAUAUGUUUACGAAGGAGAAAGAGAACCACCUACAAAGGCUGCGUGGCCUGGAGGAGGAGCUGGACGCCCAAGUGGCGAAAAUAGAAGAGAACGCUCGCGAGGAGGCUCGAAUCCAGUUCGAGAACGAAAAACGCGUCCUCAUGGACAAAAUGGAGUCAGAAUCCUCAGAGCUUCAAGCCCAUCUUAAACUUCUCCAAAAAAUGAACGAUGUUCUAUCUACUAAGCGAGGGGAUUCAGAACAAAUAAAUAAUUCUAAGAAACCCAGCUUGGUGGAAAACAGAGAACUGCGCAUGAUGCUGAACGACACAAAGGCUAAUCUGGCCGUUCUUCGCUCGGAGAUGUCGCAGCUAAAAGUCGAGUAUGAGAAAAAAUGCCGCGAACUUCUUAGCCAGCAAGAAUCUGCACAACAGUUCAAAAACGAAACAGACUACUUUCAAAAGCAACUCCAACUACUUCACGAUACGAACCAAAAGCUGCAGGACACGAACGACAGUCUCCUUUUCGUGGUGGACGACCCCCGGAAGGUGCACGCUUCGCGGCCGGCAUCGCCGUUCUGCAGCAGUCGGGCCCCCAGCCAGGCCAGCUCCGAUUCCGCCGUCUCCGCCCAAGAAGCGGCAAGACUCAAAAGGCAAGCAGAAAAUUUAGAAAGGCUUGAGGAUCAAACAUACUAUAACUACGAUCAAGAGCAGAACGGUGCACACUUUGUAAUUCAAAGGCUUAUGGACGAUAUAGACAGCGGCCGCUCUACUUUACGUGACAACACAGACGACAGCGACCAGAAGUCUUUCCCGGAGGAGCCCAACAGUCUCACCGAAAUUGACUUCCCCUCCAAGAAUGAGCAGCAGUACCUGGACGACUACCACAACAACCUGUUCCUGGGCCCGUUCCGGCGGGGGUCGCAGGCGGACACGAUGCACCGGCUGAGCAUCGCGACGACCCUCUCGCACCGGCCGAGCAUCGCCACGACCAUGAGCAGCUUCGAGCAGCUCGGCGAGCCCGACCGGACGUUCAAAGUCGUCUUUGCCGGCGACGCAGCCGUCGGCAAGAGCUGCUUCAUCCACCGCUUCAGCAAGGGCGUCUUCACCACCCGGCUCAGCUCCACCCUCGGCGUCGACUUCAAGGUCAAGUCCAUCAAGGUCGGCGACAAGAACGUCGCCCUUCAGCUCUGGGAUACCGCCGGACAAGAGAGAUUUCGUUCGAUGACGAAAAACUACUUCAGGCGAGCGGACGGAGUUGUAUUGCUCUACGAUGUGACGAAUGAAAGAUCAUUUAUCAAUGUGCGCCUGUGGAUACAAUCAGUCAGGGAGGUAGCCGGGCAAAUCCCUGUCUAUCUAUGCGGAAAUAAGAUAGACCUUCGAGAGAAAGCUGCCAUACGAGGGACGACAUGCGUGCCUACGGAGCAGGGGCAAAAACUGGCCGACGAAUGCGAGGCGGUAUUCAUGGAGACCAGCUCCAAGUCGGGUCUCCACAUACAUGAAGUACUCGAGGGCAUAUCUAGGGAUAUGUUGACAAGAGAGGACAUGGAAAUAGUAACAUCGGCAUUGCAAGUUAUGGUUCAGGAGAACAGAUCUCAACUAUGUUGCAGAUAACAACGGUUGAUAAUGACUGACCCCAUCAAACGGUACCUACUAAGAAAAAAAUUAAACUAGGUUUUUAGGCCUGAGUUCUUAUAUCUAUACUGCUACUUUAGGUCCGAAGAGAGAAAUUUGCCGUAUGAUUCUUGAGAUACCUCCUUUAGAAUCAGAUACGGCUACCAUGGAGAUAAUUUUCAACAAAAAUAUUCCUAUACAAUAGGAAUUGGAAUUGAUUUCAUAUUAUUAUCUUUGACUAGUGAGCUACAGGAUGCAGAUUUCUUUCAGCGAACGAAUUAUACCCUACUGGCACAGAUUGCAAUCAACUGCAAUGCUGCACGGUAAAAUUAUUGCUAUUGUGCCUAAGUGUUGUGUGUGUUGUCUAUAGGUACACUGAUAGAAGGAACUCAUCUCAUUAAAAUUUAUUACAAUAAAUGCAAUUUUUUGCAUUGCAAAUUGCCUAUGUCCCUCUCACAGGGAACUCAUUUUUUUGUCAAAUGAUAAACAAAAUAUUUGUACUUUGAUUCCUUUCUAAAAGAGUACAUAGUAGACCCUGCAAAUGGUGCAUUUAAAAAAAAAAAAAAUUGUUGAAAAAACUAUAUGUUGAAUGAAAUAAUUAUUAAGAGUAAGGCAAAACCACUUGGGAAUCGCCUUUACUUGUUGACUUUGAGGCUUCUGAACUGAUUUUGGAUAUGGAAAGUUUUACUGAGCAAAACCAUCUAUGUCAAGGCAGAUAAAGAAAGGUGGUUGCAUUUCAAGUUGAGCCGCCAUUUUAAAGGCUGUGACACGCAGAGGGUACAUGCUUUGCCAUGCAAUCAGGACGUACCCGAAACGUCCCCAAUGUCAUGUGACGUCAAGAGGGUACGAAAUGCAACCACCAUUCUUUAUCUGCCUUGCACCUGUGUUGAAAAAAAUGCGUGGAGAUCAAGAGACAAAUUCACGUUACAUAAAAGAACAAUGGGAACUCCUAACUUAUUUCUGGUAAACUGUUGCGUGUAGGUACUUACAUGGAGAUAAAUAUUGUCAUACUUACUUCCAUUAAAGAGAAAAAAAUAGGGAUGAGAGCCAUGAUUUUCCAGUCAUUCUUAACCAUUCAAACCAUUUCUGAAGUUUCAAUUAUUGCAUCAUAAAAAGAACUGCUUCAUUUUCAUAGAAAACCCAUCUGUCAAAAAAGUAGGUACAUAUAUUAUUUCCAGAAGUUGUUCCUCUUUUUUCAUUGUCUCAUUUUUAAUUAGGUACUCAUUAUGAAAUACGAGUUCUUCCCACAUUGUAAUAAUAUUUUGUACAAUGUUUAUACCUGUACAAAUACACUGACAUUAACUAAAAACA